AUGAUUCCAUUAGUGUUUGUUCUUAGUUUUAUUAUUGGACUCAUUAGUGGAAUCAUUGGACUAUAUUUAUUACUUGCUUUGAUUGCAAUUGUCACACAGCCAAAGCGCAAAAGAAAACCCAAUCUUUAUAUGAACUCACCUAUCUUUCAAUAUAAUCAAGAUCUAUCAACAGAGUGGCUUAACACACUUGUAGCAAAACUUUAUAGGGAAUCCACUAAGUCAGAUAUGCUAUUUCCAAUUGUAAGACACAUUUGUGAAAAAGUCGCCGAAAGCGAAAAGACCAUAAACCGCCUUACACUAAUCAGUUUUAGCUUAGGGCAAAACCCUCCUUCUUUGAAGUCGGUUAAAUUGCUUCCAGAAACAAAUAGCGAUUAUUUGCAGUUUAAUUUUGACUUCUCUCCAGAAUUUAACGUUAACCUUGACUUGGAGAUGCAGGUUGUCGCGCGUCUAAACUUCUUAAUUAACGCUGGAUGCGCAACAUUUCUACAAUAUGUAAAAGGAGGAUUGAACUUAGCAAUCCCUAGAUCUUACGGGCAUGGGCGAAUAUUCUUUUCGGAUGAUAUUGAUAUGAGCAUCGUUGUAGGAGCUGCAUUGAAUGAAUACCGUGUCAAUUCUGAUGAAUACGAAAGCGCAUGGAACAGAAUACAAAAGGUUGCCGAAUCUUUCAUCCGUAAGAUCAAUAUAAAGAUACCUCUUAAAGUUCCUGACAAUAAUGGCGAAAAAAAAAAAGAUAAAAAGCCAAAAGAUGAAGAAGAAGAACCUGUAAGUAGUCAUAAGGGAUUUUUUGAUGUCAAAGUCAGCUUUGGUCGUCCGUCAGAUAUAUUAUUUAUUAAUUGA